UAAUCUUAGUUAUGGCACUAUGAAGAUCGACACCUCUCUCUCUCUCUCUACUUAAUCUAUUUCUCUCAAUAGAUUUACUGUCCCUCAAAUUCCCACAUGCUUGGAUUUUCUCUUUCUCUUUCGUUCGUUUUCUCACUCGCCAAACAUAUACUAGUAUAUAUAUGUGUAGCUAGUGCUAGCUUAAAACCAACCCUAAACUACUCCUACUGUCAAAUCAAUCUGUGAGCUUACAAAGAAAAAAGAAAAGAAAAUAUUUAAGCACAAAAUCACAGUCAACGUUUAGCUCCCCAGAGACUUUGACACCUGUACCCCAGAAUCUAAUUAAUCCAACACUGUUCAAGGGACUGCAACGGCCAGCCAAGGUCUUUAAAUACUCUCUUCUCAAAAGGGUCGGUCUCAAAUCGGCGGCUUGUAUUGAAAUUUACUUCUUUAGCUUGAAUCUGAAGCUGGAAAGAGAAAAAGGAAAGAAAAAGAAAAAGGGUCCUUAUUACAGAUCAUAGUCUUUAAAAUAGGAGCUUGUACUGGCUUGAGAAGAGGCUAUAAAAAAUCUGCAAGCUUAGCUUUUGAAAGCACACCCAGCACAGCAGCCAGCAGCACCACCACCACCAUCACUCACCUCUCUCUGCAAAACUGCAAAAAGCUUAAAAGAGAGAGAGUGAGAGUGAGAGCCCUCUCCCUCUUCCUGACUUGGACUGUGAUAUAUCAAAGCGUAAAAAAAGGUCUUUUUAUCAAUACAAAGCCAAAGUACUCUCUGAAUUAUCGUCAUCAAUGCAAUAGGACACAGCCAACCCCACCUGCACCUGCACCUCUCAUCUCUUCUCUCUCUCUCUCUAAUCACCAACUCUCAUCUCUUCUCCUCUUUCUCUCAUACCCUUCACCACUUUCUCUCUCCUCUCUCUCUCUCUGUGUCCAAGGGAUAAGAAGAGUGAAACGAAAUAAGAAAGAAGAGAAAGGAAAAAAAAAAAGAACUUGAAGCUCAAAAGGUUAAGUCUUUGGUAACUUUUGGCAUAGUCUUGAUGAGUUCGACUUGUUUUAUUUGUUUUUGUUUGGGAAAGGCAUGAAAGUACUGCUAUGGAGGUGGAGGAGAUUCAAGCACAAGCGUGUAAGUACUCAAGGAUUGGAAAUGGUAGGAGUGAUUCCAGUAAUAUUAAGCUAUUAGGCCAGAAAGGGGGAAACGACCACUACCCUGAUGACGAGGUAGAUGGCCGAGAGAUUAAAAGGGUGGCCGGCGGAGGUGGAGCUGCUGACCUAUCCGUCAUCAACGCCGGCGGCGGCGCGAAUCGGCUUCGUGGGUGGCACCACUCGUCGCGAAUUAUUAGGGUUUCACGAGCCUCUGGUGGUAAAGAUCGGCACAGCAAAGUGUGGACCUCGAAAGGGUUGAGAGACCGGCGCGUUAGGUUGUCGGUGACGACGGCGAUUCAGUUCUACGACCUUCAAGAUCGGUUGGGGUUCGAUCAACCCAGUAAAGCGGUUGAGUGGUUGAUCAAUGCGGCGUCGGACGCCAUUGCUGAGCUUCCUUCUCUCAGCAGUUCUUUCCCCGAUACGCCUAAGCAGCUCAGCGAUGAGAAGAGGGCUAGUGUUGGAACCGAACAAGGUUUUGACUCAGCUGAGGUUGAGAUGGACGGUACUGAUCAGGGUAUGAAUUAUCAGAAUCAUCAAGAUCAGCAGCAGCAAAACCAAAACCAGCAGCAUAAUCUUUCUUUGUCGAAAUCUGCUUGUAGUAGUACUUCGGAGACGAGUAAAGGCUCUGGCUUGUCUCUCUCUCGGUCUGAUAUUCGGGUGAACCGGGUUAAGGCCCGGGAGCGAGCCAGGGAGAGAGCUGCUAAGGAGAAGGAGAAAGAGAAUGAGUCCAGGAUUGUCCACCGGAGCAGCAGCCACCACCACAACAACAGUAACAAUAUCAACUCCAUUUCUCAAAACUCAACUUUUACUGAGCUUCUCACGGCUGGAAUGAGUAAUGUCAAUGACAACAACACUUCUAGUCCCACCCAGCAAAACCCAGGUGCAACCGGUGGCGGUGGAGGAGCUCAUAUGGAUUACUUUGCCUCAGGGCUUCUCGGGUUAUCUUCUUCUUCUUCGAGAGCACAACAACAACAACAUCACCAAUCUUCUGGGUUUUCUGGGCAAAUCCAUCUGGGUAACUCGUUACCGUCGCAGACGAUGUCAAUGUCUAUGUCUAUGUCUCCGUUUGGUGAUCAUCAUAAUCAUCAUCAACAUCAGAACCAUAAUAAUGGUGAUCAGACAGUACUGCCACAACAUUUCUCUUUUGUUCCCGAACAUCUCAUUCCGGUGGCCACGUCCCAACCCAACGGCAAUGGGGGUGACUACAACCUCAACUUCUCUAUCUCUUCCGGCCUUGCUGGUUUCAAUAGGGGGACCCUUCAGUCCAAUUCACCGUCUCUUUUGCCUCACUUUCAGAGGUUUUCUCCCAUAGACGGAACAAAUAAUGUACCCUUCUUCAUAGGAGCCGCGGCUCCGGCUGCUGCUGCUCCUCCCAUGGAGAAUCACCAUCACAGCAACCACAACCACCACCAUCAGUUCUCAGCUGGGUUUGUUGAUGGCCGACUGCAACUCUGCUACGGCGAUGGUAACCGGCAUUCUGACCAGCAGAAGGGAAAAGGAAAGAACUGAAUUUAAUGGCAUAUGCAGAUUCCUCUUGGCACAUGUUCUUCUUUCUGAAAAGUGAAGAAAAAGAAGUGGUGGAAAAGGUAGCUUCAGGCUAGAGUGAAGCCUACUUCCCUUGAUCAGAUGACUGCUUAUAUUAAAUGCUUCUGAUACAGUUUGAUAUUUUCUACUAGUCUAAAUCGCCCUAUUUUGAAGUCAUUCAGCUUCCAUUCAUAUAAUUCGGAUAUAAUAUAUUAUAUAUAUAUUUAUGUACGUGUGUAUUGAUCAUGUUUUGAUGAAAUUUAACUGACAAUUCUCCAGUAAAGUAAUUCUUUUUUCCUUUACCAAAAUUAUGUGUACAAUUUCUCAAGUUGAAGCAACUGGCUUAACCUCAGUUUCUGGAACACACUCAGCUUCAAAACCAUUGAACUAUAUAUCACCACAAUUUUCAUGGCUUGAUUGCUUCA